UCGGUGGUUGGGUUCUAUUAUCCCACCCUCAGUUGUUUCUCUUCUUUCAUUGCUUCCCUUGGUAUAGGUAUGCGGAGUAAGUUUCUUAGAGCUUUGGUCCCUUCUAUCUAGAGCUUUGUGGUUCUUCACUGGCAUAGGUGUCUUGUAUGUAUUAGUUUAGUUUGUAAGGUGCUUCUUACCUUUUAGAUGGUGACAUUUAUUGAGUUAAUGUUACUUAAACAUUUUGUUUUUAUCUUUGAUUGUAGAGGUUUUAGGUUUUGAUUAUGUAUUGGUGGUCUAGUUUCUUCUUAAUUUGGUUAUUUUAUAAUUUUUAAUAGCAAAAUAAAUAUAUAAUUUGUAUAUAAAAUUAUAGAAAUUAGUAAAAAAUAAUAACAUAGUGAAAGUUUAAGUUAUUUUAGUUGUGAAUAAAUUAAAUAUUAAAAUAUAUUUAUAUUAUUGUACUUAAUUGUUUUAUUCAUUUUUAAUUUUAGUGACCAAUAAAAUAGAUUAUAAACUUCAAUAUGCUGAUGUUUAAUGCGAGAAGGAUUAGAUAAUUAAAAUUCUGAGAUCAAUCCUAUCUAUCAAAUUAUAUCACGUUUAGUUCAGUGGUUGAUAUUAACAUAAAAAUAGGCAUUUACAAAAAUAAAUGCUUUUUUAACUACUUUUCUCGCUUUGAUACUCAUUUUAUUGGUUUUCCAAAACUCAUAUAAUUGUACCUUUUAUUUUAGAGAUAGAGAAAAAUGGGAGUCAUUUGUAUGUAGACCAAUUUGGUCCAGCACAUGUGAUGCUUCAUAUUUUUGAUUAUUUUAGUGCUAUGAUUUAUAUCUAAUAGACAUUUGUAUGUAGACCAAUCCAAAAAUAGCAUAAAUAGAAAGUGCUAGACUAAAUUAGAGUUUCUAUAAGAUGAAGGAUCUAAAAUAUAUAAAAAAAAUACAUGGAACACAUAUCAAUUAGGAGCCGAGCUUUGUUUCUUCAAUUGUCUGAUUAAACACUUGGAAAAUAAAGUAAAUAGACAUUAGGUUUCAACAUUAAGAAAAAAUGCCAAUCGACAAAUUCAGCGAUUGGUCGUUUGGUUCAUAAGGCUUUUGUGAAAAAGCAAGUUAUAAAUUUAGGAGAAGCCACGUGUCACUAAUUCCCCCAUUCUAUAUGCUGAGGUGGAUGAUUGUGGAGAGACUGAACUCUAAUUUAUUAUAUAAGAUAUAUAUAUACAUAAAUAGAUUGGGCAUUAUUUUUGUAAACUUCUUCGUUUUAGGCGUUUUAUUUAUGUAAUUUAUUACGGAUUAGACAAAUAAUUCCACUUCUAAAAGACUAACCACGAAAACCAGUGAAAAGUAUUAGAAAAAGAAAAAUACUAAUUAAACAAAUAAUUCCACUUCUAAUAGACUAACAGUGAAAAGUCUUUUAAUAUUUUUGUUAAACAAAUGCAAAAGUAAAUCAUGUGGUUUAUCACCUUAAUACAAACCAACGAACGACUGUAAUCUCAGAUCAAACAAAACGACGGCGCUUCACCCUCUUUCAAUGGCGAAUCCCAAAUCUCACCUCUUCGCUCUUCUUCUACUCCACUUCUCAACCGUCUCCUUGGCCCAGACGCUCUUCGUCUUCGGCGAUGGUCUUUACGACGCCGGCAACAAACAGUUCGUCUCCUCGAAUCGCGUCGACGCUAGCUUUCCUCCGUAUGGAAUCACUCUAGGAGAGGCUACGGGACGGUGGUCCGAUGGUCGCAUCGUUCCCGACUAUCUCGCUAGUUUCAUGGGUAUUUCUCAAAUCCCUCCGAUUCUCCGUGCCACGGCGGAUUUCUCUCACGGAGCUAACUUCGCCAUCGCCGACGCCACCGUUCUCGGGGCCCCUCCGGAGUCGAUGACACUGUCACAACAAGUGAUCAAGUUCUCUGAAAACAAGAACAAAUGGACAGCCAAAGCACGUUCCGAAGCUAUCUACUUGUUCUACAUUGCCUCUGAUGAUUGCUUGAACUAUGCCAAGAACAAUCCGAAUCCCUCUGAUGAUCAGAAACAAGCUUUUGUGGGUCGAGUCAUCGCUGCUAUAGAAGCAGAACUGAAGGUGCUUUACGGGUCUGGAGGUAGGAAGUUCGCGUUCCAGAACUUGGCACCGUUGGGUUGCUUACCGUCAGUGAAACAAGCAAAUGGAAAUGUUCAGGAGUGCGCGAGGUUACCUUCUGAAAUGGCUGAGUUGCAUAACAAGAAGCUGUUGCAGCUCUUGGUUGAACUCUCACGACAACUCAGUGGUUUCCAGUACUCGUUUUACGACUUCUUCAGCUCCAUCCAAAACAGAGUUAUCAAGUCUAAGACUUACACGUUUGAGACAGGAAUGGCUGCUUGUUGUGGAACUGGCUCUGUCAAUGGAACCAGUUGCUCCACUAGCAAUGUAUGCGCUAAGCCUGAAGAUUAUCUCUUCUUCGACGGUAAGCAUUUGACACAAGAAGGGAACCUUCAGGUUGGUCAUUUGAUAUGGGGAUCAGAUCCGGAAGUGGUUGGACCAAACAAUCUCAGAGAGCUUCUAUUCCUUCCUCUGGACAUUACAGCCACCUUAGCUAAUAUACAGGAAGCUAUGGCCGCUACAAUGCCGAGGCAGAUCAAAAUAGAAAGUCUUUAUGAUAUCAAGAAGAUGGAAUCGGAGAUGGAGAAUCAAUGGCUUUAUCAGGUUGAUAAAGCUACCUCCUUUCUUAUCUAAAGCCAGAGAGUUAAAAAGGAGCUACUGUAAUAACGAACAAGACAAGAAAACUGAGACAUCUUUGUGGUUUUAUAAUAAAACAAUCAGCCUUGAGUUUUAAGAUUAUCCCAAGCAGUUUUAAAUCUGUUGUGACAUUCAACUGUUAUGUUUUGUUGACAGAUUAUAAGUACUUAACUAUAUAUUUUCUAUAUUUCUAAAAGAUGUAUGUUUUUGUAUUUUUACACAAAUAAAUUUUGAUAAUAAAUAUA